CGUAACCGGGAGGGAAGGAGACGGAGAGGUGGCCGCGAGCCUUCCCUUCCCCUCCCACCCUCCGCGGCACCCAGUGCCCUGCGGCGCCUUGCUACUCUUGUUUUACGAAACAGCGAACCGAGGAACGGGUUUUAAAAGCUUUAGGCCAGCCGUCGCGCUAGACACAAUAUUGGCGUGCGGUCUGCGAGCAGGAUCUCCCGACCGGCAAGGACUUCGCACAGCACCGCAGCGCACGAGCACUGCUGUCCUCAGGACCAAGGACGACGACGAGCUCAUUCCCGUAGGGGGUACACGUUGCCAUGGGGAUACAGCGAUGGGUAUUGUUGGCGCUGGUGGCUGUAGCGGCGGUGGGGGCCCGACCCGCCGAGGACACUGCUGAAGAGCCGGCGCCUUCCACGAGGACCGCCAGAGCGCAGUACGGCAGCCUCAACGGAGUCGAUGCGGUGAUUGACCAGAACAUUCAGGAAAUGGCUUCCCAGCACGCCGAAUCAGCGGAGAAUGGUGAGCGGUAUGCUGGAGGUUAUCAGGAGGCCACAACCCUCCAUCCUUUGGAGGGUGACGGCGAAAACCUGGUGGCUGAUCACCGAUCCGGAAGACAGCUACCGCCCGACAGAACUGGACACAACCCGAUCCUCAGUUACCUGCUGCAGAGGGCGAACACCAACAGUACUGGUUAUUCAAGUGGCUCUAGAGGGGCUGUGAGGCGAAGGAUAACGCACCAGGAGACUAUUGUUGACCCAAGGCAGCCAUUUCCCGCGGCAACGAGCGGUGUUCCACAGGGGCAGAUAGUCGGCCCACAAAUGUCUGGCGCUCCAAGCGCAGGGCAGAAUAAUUUCGGCACCAGCAUGCAGGUCGUUCCUCCACAGAGCCACCCUGCCACUGGUUCUCCUGUUCAGAUCCCGGGUAGCCAGAAUUUCAUCGCACAAAGCGGACAAACGUAUCCUGCGACCAGUCAACCGUCUGGCAGCCUACGCAACGACGGGAAAGUGCCUGACGUUACCCUAUUUACCACCAUGAAUUUCUACCCUUCGAUCGUUGCAGGACAGCCGUAUCCGUACGCAUCAGCCGUAGACACCAAUAGACUCGAAAGUGGCGUGCAGGGACGCAUCAGUUGGCCCUUUUCCGAUUACUUCCCCAUUAUUAUUAAAGAUCCGAUCAACCAUUUUUACAACGCCUUCACCACCAUGGUCGAGUACGGGCCAGAGUCGGACGUCUGCGGAGGAGACUUCGGGGACGAACGGGACGAGAGCAAGAAGAACGGCAAGGGCAGGCGCCGAGGGAGGACGGGUCGCGCAGAUGCCACCAGUUUCACUGACGAGAAAGAAGGGUCCGGCGCGCAGGGUAGCAGCGCGGAGGUCGCGAAGCCAGUGCCGCUGUCCACUGUACAGUACGGACCCGUGGUGGCCCGGCUCUUAGUGCAGAAGGGAGGUGUGGCCAUUGCCGGUCCAGGAGGCUCUGCAGACAGCGGGAUUGGAGGGACAUCCGUGGUAGGACCCGGAGGGAUCGUCUAUGCCAGGCCUAAUGGACUCGCAGUCUUGGGUCCUGGAGCCAAAGUGAUCAGCCUGCCCGUGGGGUCCUCGGAACCCAGAAGUGCCAGGGAUCCCCUGCCUGCGGGAGCAAGAAUACUCGCCGUCGGCCCAACUGUGUAUUUCCAUUCAGCCACUCUCUAGUAAUCGACACUGGUUCAUCAAUCCCUGUACAUAAACAUUCACAACUGUGCCUGCAACAAGAGAAUGUUAUUUAUUAAGAGCAACUAUUUUAAUAAAUGGCGGUCACUAUGCUAUAAUUGCACUUGACUUAACAUUUGUUGUUGUUGUUGUCGUCUUCAGUCCUGAGACUGGUUUGAUGCAGCUCUCCAUGCUACUCUAUCCUGUGCAAGCUUCUUCAUCUCCUAGUACUUAUUGCAAUCUACAUCCUCCUGAAUCUGCUUAGUGUAUUCAUGUCUUGGUCUCCCUCUACGAUUUUUACCCUCCAUGCUAAUCUGCUGAUCCCUUGAUGCCUCAGAACAUGUCCUACCAACCGGUCCCUUCUUCUAGUCAAGUUGUGCCACAAACUCCUCUUCUCCCCAAUUCUGUUUCACUUCCAUACAUGGCUACACUCCUUACAAAUGAUUUCAGAAACAACUUCCUGACACUUAAAUCUACACUCGAUGUUAACAAAUUUCUCUUCUUCAGAAACGAUUUCCUUGCCAUUGCCAGUCUACAUUUUAUAUCAUCUCUACUUCGACCAUCAUCAGUUUCUUUGCUCCCCAAAUAGCAAAACUCCUUUACUACUUUCAGCAUCUCAUUUCCUAGUCCAAUUCCCUCAGCAUGACCCAACUUAAUUCGAGUACAUUCCAUUAUCCUCGUUUUGCUUUUGUUGAUGUUCAUCUUAUAUUUGUUACACACUCAUAAAAACACGGAAUUUCGUCUUAAGUAUACUCAGCAGAACAUUCCAUAUCAGGCAAAGCUAAAAGUUUAAAUAGUCUCAAAAAAUGUAUUUAAGAGAGCGAGGUUAGUACACUUUCAUCUGAAAGCUCCUUUAUAACAAUUCAUUUUGUACCUGCUUCCCAGUUACUUCACUCCUAGGGGUGCUAGGUGUGUCUUACCUCGAGUGUAUUUUUUUUUUUUCGUUAUAGUAAAAGCAAAAGCAAAGAAAUAUGUCUUUGAUUAUUUUGAAUGUCAUCACUUGACAUUUCAUUCCUAGCGAUGCUAGGAGUGCCUUUCAUAUAUAGUGCACGGCUUUCGUUCGAAUAUGUAUAAUAAUUAAAAUUAAAGUUAAAACUUCAGCCCUGAAAGUUUAAAUUUUGUCGGUUAACACCAAAUCUAAACUUUAAAGUCCUUAAGCUGUUCUUUGCCAUUGCCUGUUAACUAGUGCAAACUCAGUGAACCACUAGUAAACUCUGCACCUGCCUGGAGUCACACCCUGCUUCUUCGGUAAGGCCACACUUCCUUGUCGUCUAAAUCUUCCCACUGUAACUCGAAUCUCUCCAAUGUGCCUACAGUCUUUGGUGUAAUCCAGACUCGGUCACUUUCAUAGUUGUAUCAUAAAUCUACAUGUAGCUACCAACCCUCUUCAUCUUAUAGAAAAAAUUGCUCACGAGCUUGAGUGGAUACUUUGCAGUAGAAACAUAUGGAUUGGUGGCUCACAAUUUUUAUGUAUUGUCAGUGUUGCUAGACGUCUGAGAUGAUGAGAACUUAUGUGUACCAUCGCUAGGCGUACGUGAGAGAGCCGCAGAGACUAUUCACGUCACUUCGUUGAAGUGUAUGUCGGUCUUCUUUACCUCUGUGUUGUGUAUCCAGACGGCAGCGGAGUAUUCCCUAACAUUUUAGGCUAACUGAGGUACUCAGGGUCUUAACAUUACUGCCUCAAAUCGUCUCUGCCACUGUUUAAUAUUUUCUUGCUCCUCUUCCACUUCCGACAUGCGCCUUCGACAUGCUGUCUCUGCUAGAGUGUACGAUUUAUUUUAACCCUCAGAUAAUAUGACUGAAAAAUGAUUGAUUGGUUCGCUCUUGACGGUUCCGUCCAUUUCCCCGUUACUCAUGUGCAUCACUGAGUACAGAGUCAAAUUCACUGUCAGGUUCGAUUCUUUUUAAUGGUUCUAUGGAGUUAAUGAAACGCAUUACAGUGACUUCAGAUGUGCUUGUCUGUGCCACUAUGGCCAGGUAAUCGGCUUAUGUAUAUGCCCCAAACUCAGUUUUGGAGUAUCAUGCUUGAAAUACACAUGUUUGAAGAACACAUGUGACAAUAGUGAUCCCUGCUGCAGGUCAUUUAUUAGCGUGUUUUCUGCUCUACUUGUCGUGCCAACGUUCAACAAAUUUCCAUUUCCUUUAACAUCUUUGUCAUGUUCAUAAGGAUUUUUUUUUUUCAUUACCACCCAACUCAUCGCUGCUGCCAGUAUCAACAGACAUAGCUAUUGGAACUUAUAACUGUGGAUUCAGUUCAGACUGCCUCCUGGCACUUGUUCACUUCCCUGCCUAUGUUAUUGCCCCCAAUUCCUUUUUACUUAGUAAGUUAAAAUAGUUUCUUUAGUUUUGCCAACUGAAGAACAUUUAGGAAUAUUCCAAAGUAUCUUUAUCGUUCGUCUUUUAGAUAGUUACUGAUGCUUUUCGUUGUACCUCCAGAAUUCAUAUUUUCUAUUUCAAACACGCACCUAAUGCCUCAGAUACUUUUGUUGCUCAUGGAAGACGACGACUUUUCGUUAUGUUUCUAGCUGUAGAACUGCGUGAAAGAAUUGCUUGCUUGAAGUUAACCUAAACGAGAGAACAGCAUUUCAGGAAACCAGGGACUUCGCUCUCUGCAUUUCCCUUAUUUCAAUUUUAAGGUGAAAUAAAUGUUUCUUCGAAAAUUUUGUCGUUGUUCAGAAAGAAAGAAAUCAUAGAAAUCCUCUCUUAAUAUCGGAAAACGAAGAAAAUUACUUUUUUAAUAGCUGGAAGUAGGUGUCAGCGGAUUGCUGGCGACAUCGGUAUUUGUCCACCAAUCUUUCUCAUUCCUGAAUCACCUAUAAACAUCAUCUUGGGACUAAUUCUUCUGUACCAUACUAUGGCGGCAUUUGCAGAAGGGAGAGUUGAUUUGGAAGAUGGGUUGGAUUUAGUACUAGCUUCUUCACCGAUCGCUCUCUAUUACUACCUCGUCGGUUGCACAUAAUCCUUAUAUCCUAAAAAUAAAUCCAAAUCUGGUACUCACAUACAGUGCACUGGAAAUCAGUCAGAAGUAUCUCUUAGUUGAUGAAAUUCACAGUUAAAGUAUAUGGAAGAAACAUCAUCGUCAAAGUCUGUUCUUCCUUUCAUUGUUUGCUCACCUGUUGAGCAGGUUGGACUUAGAAUGAUUCUCUUUCACGUUCUACAUCUACAUACAUACUCCGCAAUCCACCAUACGGUGCGUGGCGGAGGGUAUCUCGUAGCACAACUAGCAUCUUCUCUCCCUGUUCCACUCCCAAACAGAACGAGGGAAAAAUGACUGCCUAUAUGCCUCUGUACGAGCCCUGAUCUCUCUUAUCUUUGUGGUCUUUCCGCGUGAUGUAAGUUGACGGCAGUAAAAUUAUACUGCAGUCCGCCUCAAAUGCUGGUUCUCUAAAUUUCUUCAGUAGCGAUUGACGAAUAGAACGCCUCCUUUCCUCUAGAGACUCCCACCCGAGUUCCUAAAGUAUUUCCGUAACACUCGCGUGAUGAUCAAACCUACCAGUAACAAAUCUAGCUGCCCGCCUCUGAAUUGCUUCUAUGUUACCUCUCUCAAUCCAACUUGAUAGGGAUCCCAAACGCUCGAGGAGUACUCAAGAAUAGGUCGUAUUAGUGUUUCACAAGCGGUCUCCUUUACAGAUGAACCACAUCUUCCCAUAAUUCUACCAAUGAACCGAAGACGACUAUCCGCCUUCCCCACAACUGCCGUUACAUGCUUGUCCCACUUCAUAUCGUUCUGCAGUGUUACGCCAGAAUAUUUAAUCGACGUGACUGUCAAGCGCUACACUGCUAAUGGAGUAUUAAAACAUUACGGGAUUCUUUUUCCUAUUCAUCUGCAUUAAUUUACAUUUACCUAUAUUUAGAGUUAACUGCCAUUCUUUACAGCAAUCACAAAUCCUGUCCAAGUCAUCCUGUAUCCUCCUACAGUCACUCAACGACGACCUUCGCGUACACCAGAGUAUCAUCGGCAAACAGCUGCACAUUGCUAUCCACCCUAUCCAAAAGGUCAUUUAUGUAGAAAGAAAACAGCGGACCUACCACACUUCCCUGGGGCAUUCCAGAUGAUACCCUCACCUCCGAUGAAAACUCACUAUCGAGGACUACGUACUGUGUUCUAUUACUUAAGAAGUCUUCGAGCCACUCACAUACUUGGGAACCAAUCCCAUAUGCUCGUACCUUAGUUAGGAGUCUGCAGUGGGGCACCGAGUCAAACGCUUUCCGGAAGUCAAGGAAUAUGGCAUCCGUCUCAUACCCUUCAUCCAUGGUUCGCAAGAUAUCAUGUAAAAAAUGGGCGAGUUACGUUAAUAUCAACGUGAAAAAUCAAUGCAAGUGCCCAGCAAAACUAGAAUGCAAAACGCAGUUUAGUACAGCAGACCGCCUAUCCCUACUAUUAUUCGAAUUUUUUUAGUGAUAGCGAGAAUAUAAUGGCCAGGAUGAAUCUUUCAUAUUGCAGUGGGGUGUAGACUGGGGGUAGUACUCAACGCCUUUCCUUAAGCGGGCAAAUGCUAUCUGCGAUAGAUCCAGUUCUGUCACCACCCCCUCCCCAACAUCUCUCAGGACAUUUCAGACAUAAUAAAUGUGUGAGGUACUUCAUAAUGCUAGACUUAGAUUGUAAAAUACUAUCCAAGUGUGAAAAAUUGAUCGUAUCUAUGUUCUAAAAUACUGUAAAAUACUCUAUUUGCACGACUGUUGAUUUUAAUUUUGUAAAUAUAACUUAAUUGUAUUUAUUUAAUAGCACUGUAAUGCUUUAUUAUAUAAAAUUUGCUUCAGGAAUAAAGAAUUGUGUAUUCCUUGUG